AAUGAAAACAAAUUCAGCCUGCAGAAAUAGAAGACAUCCAGCUUGUUAUGACCAAUCAUCCCACGUCAUCUCCCAGGUAUUCCCAAACCAACUGAACGUUAUCUGCAUUGAUUAACAGCCGCUACCGAUUGCCAAUCAAAUUCGCCAUCUAUUAGCUUUGUCGUAAUGUAUAAAUAAAGCCAUUAUUAGCCAAUAUCACAGUUUCAAUUGCAUUUGGACUAUGAAUCGUGCGUGUUUGGUCUUGCUGCUGGUCGCAGCGGCAGUUUGUUCUGUCUUUGCAGAACAAGCUCGCUUCGAUAACUAUCGUGUUUAUGAAGUGUUCAUAGCAUCAGAACAGCAGUUGGAGGUUUUGCAGUACCUGGAGGAUCAUCCGGAUGGCUACAUUUUCUGGGACAUGCCAGUCCAAACCAAUAUGGCAUUGGAACUGGUUGUACCGCCACACAAGUACGCUGACUUCGAGGAGCUCACCAACAGGCUGAACAUGAAGACUCGUUUGAUGACCAGUAAUUUCCAAGAGCUCGUGGACAACGAGCGACCGGCAAAAAGUCCACGAAACUUUGGAUGGACCGAUUACUACUCGACGGCGCAGAUUCACGCUUGGCUGAAUGAGAUGGUUCAAAGGUAUCCCGGUGUACUGAGUAGCACUGUUUAUGGAAAAUCUUUCGAGGGUCGUGAUCUGGUUGCUGUCAAACUAUCACACAAGGCCAACAAUCCAGGUAUUUUCAUUGAAGCCAACAUCCAUGCUCGAGAAUGGAUAUCUUCGGCCACCGCUACGUGGCUUCUCAACGAGCUGUUGACUUCCACCAAUUCGGCUGUUGUGGAUCUGGCUCAGAACUAUGACUGGUACUUUAUUGUGAUGGCAAAUCCGGACGGGUACGAGUUCAGCCGUGACAGCAACCGGAUGUGGAGAAAAACGCGUCAACCUUCCAGUAUUUUGUGCUUCGGAACUGAUCCCAACAGGAACUAUAAUUAUAACUGGAGAAAUGGUGGAUCCUCGACAAAUGCCUGUUCCGAUACCUUCUCUGGUGAAACCGCCUUCUCUGAACCGGAAACCCUGGCAAUGGCCAACUACUACGCAACGAUUGCUGACAAAAUCAACGUACAGUUUUCAUUCCACUCCUAUGGUCAGUACUUACUGACCCCCUAUGGCUUUACCGGUGCUCCUGCUCCGGCCAACAAUGCUCACCUUCAGCAAAUUGCUGCUGCGACUGCCUCAGCCAUUCAAGCUACGUACGGUACUCGGUACACCUACGGUAAUAGUGCCCAAGUUCUAUACGUCACCUCGGGUAGCACCAACGAUUACUUCAUGGGAGUUCAUGGUACAAAACUGGCAUUCACUUUCGAGUUCCGUGACACCGGAUCGUCUGGAUUCGUCCUGCCGGCCGCCCAGAUCAUUCCAAAUGCACAGGAAACCCUCAACGGACUGAUCGCUUUCGUUGCCGAAGCAAAGGCUCUUGGAUACUUUUGAGAUUAAUAGCAGUGCUUUUAUUAACGAAUAAAAUUUGUGAUAUUUAUAUGGUAAA